CCUUUUUGCUCUCUUGUUUCUGCUGUUGAAACGUCGAAUGGAAAAGAAGAAUGUCCCACCAAGCGUUGAUUCAUUACAUGCAAUGGAACAUAGAAUGAUUUCCUACUAUGAGCUACUUCAAGCAACAAACAACUUCCAUCAUGAAAACUUGCUUGGAACAGGGAGUUUCAGUUCAGUAUACAAAGCUAUAUUGUCUGAUGGAAUCAUUGUUGCUGUGAAAGUUUUGAAUCUGCAAAUUGAAGGAGCAAUUAAGAGUUUUGAUGCAGAAUGUCAAGUGUUGCGAAAUGCUCGACACAGAAAUCUUGUCAAAAUAAUCAGCAGUUGUUCCAAUCUUGAUUUUAGAGCUUUGAUAAUGCAAUAUAUGCCACAAGGGAGCCUUGAAAAAUGGCUGUACUGCGAGAACUAUUUCUUGAAUCUCCUCCAAAGGAUAAACAUCAUGAUUGACGUUGCCUUGGCACUGGAGUAUCUACAUCACAACCAAUCGGAGCCUGUGGUGCAUUGUGAUCUGAAGCCCAGUAACGUCCUCCUUGACGAAGACAUGGUAGCUCAUGUGGGUGGCUUUGGCAUUGCAAAGAUAUUAAGUGCAAAUGAUCAAUCUGUAGUGCAAACCAAGACCCUGGGAAGCAUAGGAUACAUUGCACCUGAAUAUGGGUCGGAAGGAAGAUUUUCCACAAGCUGUGAUGUUUAUAGCUACGGGAUCUUGUUGAUGGAGGUGUUUACAAGAAAGAAGCCUACAGAUGAAAUGUUUGCUGGAGACUUGAGCCUAAGAAGAUGGGUACAUAUGUCGCUUCCAAGUGAACUAAUGGAAAUCAUGGACAAAAAUUUUAUUGGCAAUGAAGAAAAUGAUUCACCUACGAAACGACAAAUCUUUGUCUCCAUCAUGGAAUUAAGUCUAGACUGUUCAAGAGAAUUACCUGAAGAGAGGAUUACCAUGGGUGAAGUUGCCGCAAGACUUAAUAAGGUUAAGAAGCAGCUUUUGUUGACUUGAAACAUAGAACUUUCACUUUGUGCGUCAAGAUGGAAAUAAAUUGCUCAUAUGUAGCAUCUCAUGGUUAUUUGGACUGGGGAAUGUAUAUCAAUCCCUCUUUCUUGUUGGUCUGUUAUGUUAUCAUGUUAGUUUCCUAUACCACGCAUCUAUUUAUAUAGAUUAGUUGUUUUGUUGUGUUUGUGUUUGUGUACGUAGUUGUUGUGAUUCUUUCCAUUUCUCUUGGUCUGAUGCCUUAGGUUGGUAGUUUUCUAUCAAUCUACUUUGUUG